AGAAAAUGACUCAUAAACUGAACCUCUCUUCGUGUGGUAGAUUUUCAGACUUUUGACAAACGAAAAUUUUUAACAAUUUAUUUUGUUAAUUUCAAUCAUAUUAAAAUUUUAAAAAGAAACAAAAAUGGUAUCCCUAAAUCCCGUAAGAAUUCUCAAGCAAGAAGCCGAAGAAGAAAGGGCAGAGAUUGCCCGACUGAGUAGUUUUGUGGGUGCUAUAGCUAUAGGAGAUUUGGUUAGGAGCACCUUGGGGCCAAAAGGAAUGGAUAAAAUUUUAGUAUCUAGUGGUAGAUCUGCAGGCUCAGUUGAAGUUACUAAUGAUGGAGCAACUAUUCUAAAAUCGGUGGGUGUCGAUAAUCCUGCUGCUAAAAUUUUGGUAGAUAUGUCAAAAGUCCAGGAUGAUGAAGUAGGAGAUGGCACAACAUCAGUGACAGUAUUAGCAUCUGAACUACUUAAAGAAGCAGAAAAACUUGUAGAACAGAAAAUCCACCCACAAACAAUCAUUGCAGGUUGGAGAAAAGCAGUAGAUAUUGCCAGAAAAGCUCUUCUAGACACUGCCAAAGACAACAGCUCUGAUUUAGAAAAGUUCAGAGAAGAUCUAUUGAACAUUGCCAGAACUACACUCAGCUCAAAGAUUCUGUCACAACAUAAAGAACAUUUUGCCAAACUGGCAGUAGAUGCUGUGUUAAGAUUGAAAGGUUCAGGUGAUUUACAGGCUAUCCAGCUGAUUAAGAAAACUGGUGGUACCUUGGAAGAUUCCUUUUUGGAUGAAGGUUUCUUAUUGGACAAAAAACCUGGUGUACAUCAACCAAAGAGAGUAGAAAAUGCAAAAAUCCUGAUAGCCAACACUCCAAUGGACACGGAUAAAAUCAAAGUAUUUGGCUCUCACAUUAAGGUAGAUUCAAUGGCUAAAAUUGCAGAGCUGGAAUCUGCAGAAAAGGAAAAAAUGAAAGAUAAAGUGAACAAAAUUCUUAAACAUAAUGCUAAUGUAUUUAUUAAUAGACAGUUGAUUUACAAUUAUCCUGAACAACUAUUUGCUGAUGCAGGAGUUAUGGCUAUUGAGCAUGCAGAUUUUGAUGGAAUUGAAAGGCUAGCACUUGUCACAGGAGGAGAGAUUGUCUCAACAUUUGACCAUCCAGAAUUGGUAAAACUAGGAACUUGUAAGCUUAUUGAACAAGUCAUGAUUGGAGAAGAUAUCCUGCUCCGUUUCAGUGGUGUUGCUCUUGGAGAAGCUUGCACAAUUGUCAUCAGAGGUGCUACACAACAGAUCAUUGAUGAAGCUGACCGAUCCCUUCAUGAUGCUUUGUGUGUAUUAGCAGCCACAGUCAAAGAGAGUCGAAUUGUGUAUGGAGGAGGUUGCAGUGAAACCCUAAUGUCCACAGCGGUAUCUAGAGCUGCUGCUAACACUCCAGGAAAAGAAGCUGUAGCAAUGGAAGCCUUUGCCAGAGCCUUGUUGCAGUUGCCCACAAUUAUUGCAGACAAUGCAGGUUAUGACUCUGCCCAAUUGGUCAGUGAGCUUAAGGCAGCACAUAACAAUAGCCAGAGCACCAUGGGACUUAACAUGGAAAAGGGUGAAUUGGGAGAUAUGAAAACCUUGGGAAUCACAGAAUCUUUUGUUGUUAAAAGACAAGUAGUAGUCUCGGCAUCUGAAGCAGCUGAAAUGAUCUUGCGUGUUGAUAAUAUCAUCAAAGCUGCACCAAGGAGGAGAACAGAAGACAGAGGAAUGUGCUAGUUAAGGAAUUAUUGAUAUUUAUAUUUAAGGCUUUACUUACAUAUUUCGUUAUAAUAUUGCAUUAUUAAUCAUUCUGCAUAAGUUUUCUGCACUCAUUCUUGAUUUUCUAAUAAAGCGACCUUUUAAAACUU